CAUGUUAAGCAUAUAUCAAAACAAUCAAAAUAUUGCACCAUUUUCCUUAACAUUAAGAAAUGGUAAAUUUGAUCACAGUUUCCCAAGGUGUAAAUGACACCGAAUAUGGCAAAAUAGUGUUCUCUAAUGUGAUGGUUACAAGGAAGAGAAACCUCUUCAUGAACCGUACAUGGAGGAUUCUUGAUGUUAGAAUGGCUCUAGGGAUACUAGCUGUUCACUUGCUUGCACUUUUUGCGCCAUUUACAUUUACAUGGGGUGCGUUCUGGGCCAGCUUUACCACCUACGUUUUGUGUGGAAUUUUUGGUAUAACUCUUUCGUAUCACCGUAACCUAGCACAUCACAGUCUCAAGCUGCCCAAGUGGCUUGAGUACACCUUCGCUUAUUUUGGAGUCCUAGCUUUGCAGAGGGAUCCCAUAUAUUGGGUGAGCAUGCAUAGGUAUCACCACCAGUAUGUUGAUUCUGAGAAAGAUCCACACUCUCCUAUCUUCGGAUUUUGGUUUAGUCAUAUGGGUUGGCUCUUUGAUAGCGGCUAUAUUCUUGAAAAGUAUCAAGAGCGUAAAAAUGUGGAGGAUUUAAAGAGUCAAGCAUUCUAUAGAUUCAUCCAUAGGACCUAUCUAUUGCAUCCAUUUGCAUUGAUUACCCUCGUUUAUGUUUUUGGUGGAUUUACCUACCUUGUUUGGGUCGUGGGGGUUGCAACAACAUGGGGAUAUCACGUGACUUUUCUAGUGAAUUCAGCUUGUCAUAUAUGGGGAAAUCAAGCUUGGAACACUAAUGAUCUCUCAAAGAAUAACGGGUUGGUAGCGCUGAUUACUUUUGGUGAAGGGUGGCAUAAUAAUCACCAUGCAUUUGAAUAUUCAGCUCGACAUGGAUUAGAAUGGUGGCAAAUUGACUUUUGUUGGUAUAUGAUAAGGUUUCUUGAAGCACUAGGGUUAGCCACAAAUGUCAAAUUACCAUCUGAGGAUCACAAACGUAAGAAGUCGUUCACUUCUCGUAACAAGUUCAAGUGAACAUAGCCUAUAUAUAUGUGUAUGUGUGCACGCGGAAAUAAUUUUAUGCAACGUUAUUUGUUUGUACCUGUUGUUUUUUUACUAUCUAGUUUCUAAUAUAUAUGUGGAUUUGCUCGUUCCCCUCA